CGUACAUCAUGCUGGUGUUGUAUAAUUUUCUAUGUUAAAUAUCCUUGUAAUUUUCUAAUAUUAUAUUUUAGAUGUUCCAUAUUAAUUAAAUUUACUAAUUCUAAUUCUCUUCCUAUAGUUGUAUUUUUUUUCAUAUUUGUUACGGAAUGUUGUAAAUUUUAUUUAUUUAUUACUUGGUUACUUUCGUUCUCUUUUCGUUCUAAAUUUUCUUCAAUUACUGGAAUAUGUUUAAUUCUUUCUGACUCGAUUCCAUUUAUCCUUCUUUGGUAUUGAUGUAUUAAUGAUCGACUAGGUUCUAUUUUAAUUAUAUUUAAUAGUAUUUCUAAUUGGAUUAGCGAUUUAAAUAGAUCUUCUAAUAUUGAUUUUAAAUAUUUAUUAUUAUAUUAUAUAUAUUUAUUCUUCUUCUUGGUAUUUGUUUAUUAUUUUUACUAAUUUAUCUAUUUUAUUGUGAAUUUUGAUUAGUCAUUUAAGUAAUAUUAUGUUUAUAAUGUUUUUUAAUUUCUAUAUUAGAUAAAAACUUGUUGAAAUAUAGUUUUGGAUGUUUUUAAAAGUUUUGGGUACCAAAAAGUAAUUAAAAUUUUGGGUUGGAUGGAAAACUAGACGGAUGCACAUUUUGGCGACUUUAAUGGUACCCGACGCCCUAUUCAAACUUAAGUGGUAUGUCUACCCCAAUUCUUAAACUUAAGUGGUACCCAAGAUAUUUUACCCCAAUUUGAAGCAAAUGUUCCAUUUUAGAAAAUGAGACAAUUCUAUGAGAAAUUUGUUUAAAAUUGCCUUGUUUGGAUGGUUAUUUGACAUGAGACAAUUGGAAUGAGGCAUUUUGUGAAAAUACACUUUUGACCUCAUGUUUUUACCCUCUUUCUCCAUCUCUCUUGCUCUCUUUGUUUCCAGCGGCGACAAAGUUGAUGAAAUCUGGAGAACUAUUGGAGAAACUUCGGUCGUUGCAAGUCAAUCGAACUCUCCUCUCUGCUCCCGGAAACCGAUCAUUUUCCCAAUGGAUUUGUUCUUUUCAUCUCUCUACCUUCGCCCGAGAUUUCCACUCGAACUCGACUAUAGCAGUAACAUCGAGAUCCUCAUUAUUAGAAUCUCGACAGAGACGGUAGGUAUGAAGGGAUUCGGGCCUCUUUAUUUCUGUGGUUGAUCUUUUUGUUUUAUGUUUCUGCACUUGACUCUAACCAUGUGAGAAAUUGGGGGUUCAGGGCACAAAUGAAAUUGGGCGUUCUGAGCAAAGACGGCUGGAUUUCAAGUCGCCAGCUGCAAUUCGAAGGAUUGAGACUUCUCAUCUCUUGAAUCGGAGGCUGGACUGCCGGUGAGUAACUCCAAUAAAUCUCGCCAUAGUUUGAGACUUGCGAAAAUGGAGCCAAUCGACCCAUUGAUUAAACACAUGCAUCAAGAUCCCUUUGCAUGGAGUCAAACAACCCACUAACUGGUCCCCGAGAACCUGUUGCGUUGCGCCUACGACGAUGGUUGGGCAGCGGCAAUCUCUCUGCAAAUCCGGCAACAUAGUUUCUCUAAUCCUCCCUUUGUCCGCCGGCGACCAUCAUGAUUCUUCUUCCCUCUAUCUGCCAUACAUAGACGAGAAAGAGAAGAGAAGAGUAAUGGCAGAUUGUAGUUGCAGAGAAAGGACAGGGAAGAAGAGAGUGGAAAGGUUCGUAAUUGCAGAGAAAUAGAAAGAAAUAGAAAAAGGAAAGAGAAGAAGAGAGAAGUGGUUUGUCUCUAAAGAGAGAGGGUUAGAAAUGGAAGGAGGGGAUAAAAAACGCGUCAAUUGAAAUUCCCUCCCCCCACCCCAAGUAUUUUCAAUUGAACCCUAACGAAACAAUUGUGAUUUCCCCACCCAAGAUUGCUCCAUUUUUAUUUUCUGCAGCCAAAUGGGUCAAUUUGGCCUAAUUGUCUCAAAAUGAGCCAAUUGAGCACAAUUGAUCCAUCACAAUGUUCCAUCCAAACGACCCCUUAGUUCCAGUAGGUUGAAUAAAGAAGCGACCUAUUUCAAACAAUCAAUCAAUGAUUCCUCGUUUUAAGAUAGAAAUAGGUUGUGAUAGUUGCAAAAACCAUAAACCUAAAGAUCCAUUAGCCACCACUCUCCGUUGUACAACCAAAUUUCUAUCUCAAGAGGCAUAUAUUCAACCAAAAAUUCAAUUUCUAAUCCUCCUUCUACAACUUCAGUUAUUGAUGAACUCCAUUCUAUUCGCCAUGAAUUGAUAUCGGAGUUGAAAUCUUCUACUCGCCCAGCUUAAAAUCCCAACAAUAAAACCGUAGUGCCAAGAGAUAUCUGAAGAUUGAUUUUCAAUGACAGUCUUGUACUGGGAAGUGAAAGGCGCAAACUAUUGCACGAUGGAUGAAAUUUCGGAGGAAGUUAGAAAGAGAAAAGAACAAAGAUAAAAAAAAACAAAAAAUUUAAAUUUAAAUUGAAAAAUGCAAGGAUAGAACACGUAGUUGCAUAAUUAGUUUCUUCCAUGUUAGCCAAUUACCCUUUUACCUUUAGCAAAAAUUAAGGAGAGAGCGGGAAUUUAAAAUUGAGAAAUCUCUACUAUGAAAAUAGAAGUAUCAAUCUCGAUAAAAAUACAUACGGUAGACUUAGUGAGCUUGCUAAUUAUGAUUAAAAAGUCCUCUGAUUUUCAGAGGUUAACUGUCUAUUUUUUGUAUAAAAAAGGAUGCAAUAAAUUUGUUUAGUGUAAUUGGUUGUUAUUGUUAUCUUUGUUUGAAGAGACCCGGGUUCAAAUCUUGAUAUUGCUAUUUUUAUAUGAAAUAAAUAAUAAAUGUGUAAAGACAAAAAUGACCUUCCUACUUUUACUCUCGUUGCAGGAAAUUUGAAAUAGAGAAAAGUACACAAAACUCUACCAUAUAUUAAUGGAGGAUUUGCAUUUGGUUAAUUUUAUGCACUCUUUCUAUAUAUUUAUACAUUUUUUGUACUGGUCCAAUUAACUCAAUUGUCAAUUGGGUCCUCAUAAUAUUCACUUUAGUAAGCCCUAGCUACUAGAUUUGCAUAAAAAUGUAGGAUCUUUAUCUCUUAGCCGCAUGAUUCUCAAUCAAAACCUACAUGCUUUGCAUCUUUUUUCCAAGAAUAAGUGGAAACCAGAAAAGUUGUGAAUGAAACACACAAUAAGUAAUCCAUUAACUCACGAGUAAGUUUCGUAUGCAUUGCUAGACUUGCUUUCCUAGUCCACCAAGUCAACAAAGAUGAAACACUAUGAGUAGGAACGUUUUCCAUUGCACUAAUAAAACCAUCAUUCAUAGCCCCAUCUAUCUUCUUUUUGGUCAAAAAGCUUGAAUAAAGUGACUGUUAUAUCCCCUCACAAAGCUUGUAGAUGUUGUUGUACUAGAGAAGAGUGAACGACUGAUUCAUUGGUGUCAGAAGCGAUGUUCAUCCCUGAUGUGGUUGUCUCGAAUAUAAGGUCCUGACCGGU